GGAAAAGUUUUCAUUUACCGAGGGAAGGAGUAUGAACGUCGAGAAGAUUUUGAAGCUCGGCUAUUAACUCAGUUUCCAAAUGCCGAGAAAAUGAAAACAACAUCCCCGCCAGGCGACGAUAUUAAAAACUCUCCUGGCCAAUAUAUCCAGUGCUUCACAGUAAAGCCCAAACUUGAUUUGCCUCCUAAAUUUCACAGGCCAGUGUCAGAGCAGAUUGUAAGUUUUUACAGGGUGAACGAGGUCCAGCGAUUUGAAUAUUCUCGGCCAAUCCGGAAGGGAGAGAAAAACCCAGACAAUGAAUUUGCGAAUAUGUGGAUUGAGAGAACCAUAUACACAACUGCAUAUAAAUUACCUGGAAUUUUAAGGUGGUUUGAGGUCAAAUCUGUUUUCAUGGUGGAGAUCAGCCCCCUGGAGAAUGCCAUUGAGACCAUGCAGCUGACAAACGACAAGAUCAACAGCAUGGUGCAGCAGCACCUGGAUGACCCCAGCCUCCCCAUCAACCCGCUCUCCAUGCUCCUGAAUGGCAUCGUGGACCCUGCCGUCAUGGGAGGCUUCGCAAAUUAUGAAAAGGCCUUCUUUACUGACCGGUACCUGCAGGAGCACCCUGAGGCCCACGAAAAGAUCGAGAAACUCAAGGACCUGAUUGCCUGGCAGAUUCCGUUUUUGGCUGAAGGGAUCAGGAUUCAUGGAGACAAAGUGACAGAAGCGCUGAGGCCGUUCCAUGAGCGGAUGGAAGCCUGUUUCCGACAGCUGAAGGAGAAGGUGGAGAAGCAGUACGGCGUCCGGACCAUGCCCUCGAGUCUGGAUGACAGAAGAGGCAGCCGCCCCCGGUCCAUGGUGCGGUCCUUCACGAUGCCUUCCUCCUCCCGGCCUCUGUCCGUGGCCUCGGUUUCUUCCCUCUCCUCCGACAGCACCCCGUCCAGGCCGGGCUCCGAUGGGUUUGCGUUGGAGCCUCUCCUGCCAAAGAAAAUGCACUCCAGGUCCCAGGACAAGCUGGACAAGGAUGACCUGGAUAAGGACAAGAAGGACAAGAAGAAGGAGAAAAGGAACAGCAAGCACCAGGAGAUAUUUGAGAAGGAAUUUAAAGCGGCCGACGCUCCCCUGCAGCAGGCUGAGGCUGUGAUCCUUUCGGAAACGAUAAGUCCCCUGCGUCCCCAGAGACCGAAGAGCCAGGUGAUCAAUGUCAUUGGAAGUGAAAGGCGCUUCUCGGUGUCCCCAUCGUCACCGUCCUCCCAGCAAACACCCCCUCCGGUCACGCCGCGGGCCAAGCUCAGCUUCAGUUUGCAGUCCAGUUUCGAGCUGAACGGCAUGACUGGGAUGGAUGUGGCUGACGUUCCGCCCCCUCUGCCUCUCAAAGGCAGCAUGGGAGAUUAUGGGAAUUUGAUGGAAAACCAGGACUUGAUCAGCUCGCCACCCCCUCCGCCCCCUCCUCCACACCAGAGGCACCUGCCACCUCCACUGCCCAGCAAAACUCCGCCUCCUCCCCCUCCAAAGACGACUCGCAAGCAGACCUCGGUGGACUCUGGGAUUGUGCAGUGAAAGCAGCAAGACUCUGGAAAGAGCAGUCUGUCGUCUCUCCUCGUCACCCACACCGCCCUGUGCAUCUGCUCUUUGCCUCGUCGGGUCUGUGAUGUCUAACAUUCAGUGCAGUUGCUUUCCCUUCAAAGAUGCUCG